AUGCUGCUGUCGGAGUUCGCGACAAUUAUGAAGGACGUGAAGGCGCUGCGGAAAUCUAAGUUGGAACUCGCCGUCUCCAAGACGAAGCUCGCGAUCGAACUGCUGUCUUCCGGCAACGCGGAAGACGACAUGAUCAGCUCCGAGUGCAAGGCCGGGCGCGACGCCGCGGAGGAGGCUUUCGGGGUGGUGGGGCAGUGCCAGCACAAGCUGCUGGCGACCAAGGUGGCAAUCAUGUGCUGCGUGUCCGACCCCAAGCUGUCCGCCAAUCCCGCUGCGUGCUUGCACUACGUGAGCCACCACCUGCGCAAGCUGUACGCUCUGCCGGUUGCGGUGGCAUGCUGGAGCGGGACCAACGGGGGGUUCGUGGGGAGGUUGUUUGGCGGCGCGAAGAAACGUGAGGCCAUCGUGAAGGGCAUCGACGAGGUCAACAACUGGGUGCUGACAUAUUUCCCUGCCUGGGGCGAGCUCAAGACGGGGAGCAGCUUCAAGGGCGCCUGGGUGGACGACGCGAGGUGUUUCCGCACGGACGGGGACGCCCUGGUGUUGUGUGGGGCACGGCGUCUUGACAUUUGGGUCAGGUUCGAGGACGUUUCCGGUGACUUCUGCCUUCCGGCUCUGCGUCUGAGCACGUUUCAGCCCGUGGUGGGCCUCAACAGCACCAAGGUGGUGAUCAAGGUGAAUGGCAAGGUGUACGGCACGCGGGCGCUCCAAGUGGUUGUCGGGAAGCAUUGCCCUGUGAACAGUGCCUGGUUCGGCCUUGGGUUGGUGUCCCUCAAGGCUGCCAGCAAAUGCAGCUGUGUGGAAAUUGGGAUCGUCAAUCACUCAAAGUGGGGGAGGAAGACGGGAAUCAGCUUCGAGUAU